AAAAAAAAAAAAAAAAAAAAAAAUCCUUUGUCAAACAAUUUUGGACCUCAGAAAAAAGCUUACUUAAAAUCCCAAAAUGUAUUUUCAAGAAUCUGCAACAGAAGAUUCAGCCAGCACCCCCCACUGCUCUCCACCCCAUCAAUUUCAAGCCCCAACAAAGGCCAAAAAAGAACAUAAUGGUUGGAACUUUUUCUGGGUCUGGAAGAUCAUUAGCUGAUACUCAUUCUUCUUCUCCAUGUUUGUGCUUGAAUUCUAGUCUUAACUCAGGCAGCUCUAAUUUCAAGACUAGUGGGGAAUUGGGUUUGUGGAGAAGCUUUAAGGCUAGGAAACAGUUGAAUUUAAGCAGUAGUUUCUUGGAAGCAUGGUGUGAGUUGAAGUUAUCUGCAAAGAUGAUAUCUUUGGCUGUAAAUGGGGUUUCAAGAAAGAAACAAAAGAUUGGGAAAUUCACUGUUGUUGGUGGUUUGGAAGUGGAGGAUGAUGAUUCAGGGGAAGAUGUUAAAAAUGAAAUGAUCAAUGUUAUAACUUACAAAGCUGUACGGACUGUUCUGCAACAACUCUAUGAGAUGAACCCGCCACAGUACACAUGGUUUUACAAUUUUAUAGUACAACACGUGCCUAACACGGGGAAAGAAUUCCUUCAACAGCUUUUCAAGGAAAAGCGGGAACUUGCUGAGAGAGUGAUGAUAACCCGUCUUAACCUUUACAGCAUAUGGAUGCAGAAAUGUGAUCAUGCUGAAAUAUAUAACAGAAUAUCUGAUCAGAACGUGGAAUUGAUGCGUGAACGACUCACUCAAACUGUUAUAUGGGCAUCCGAAGAUGAUGAGAUUGCUGGAAGUUUGGAUUGAUUAAUGGGAGAAGCCUAAGCUCUCUUUGGUGUUUUUGCCCUUCCUUUUUUCCAUUAGUCUUGAUAGGCAAAACCGUUCUCCAGUGGUUGUCAGUCAUUUCAAGUAACAAUUUAGCUCUGGAUAUGUAACCAUAUCGUGACAAAAGGUUGUUGCGGGUGGGCUGAGGAGGGAUGUGAAAGGCAUCCGUCUGACAAAUAUAUCAGGCUACAUGCUUUGAUCUGUAUAUCAUCCAUGUGUGACCUCAACUUUUAUUGUUCUGAUGGGGAUGAAAUAUUUACACUAGCAUUUUUUAGAUUUCUUCCUUUUUGCCUAUAUAUGUAUUCUUAAAAUUGUUUAUAUAUAUUGCAAAAUUAAGCUAUAUUAGCAAUCUUAA